AUGGAACUUCGACUCCAAAAAACCAACGGGAAGAUUUGGAAAUGGAAGGGUACGGUGUUCUCUGAUAUAGUUGCUGGAAGUUUGGGGAUCAAAAGAAUAUUACCAGCGUACCGUAAGUUGUACAUUAAACCAAGCGACCUUAAAACUGGUGUUUCAUUCGGAUCAGGUGGGGCAGGAGUCGAUCCUGUUACAUCAAAUUUACUGAGAGUUUUAUCGCCGGCUAACGAAGUAAAAGAUUUCAAAGGCUACAUAAGGAAGCUGAAGGGUGUAGUAGGCAAGUCAAAAGCAAAGGAAAUAGUCGCAAACGCAGUGAUUCUUGUUUCUGAAGGAAAUAAUGAUAUUGGAAUCACAUAUGCGAUUCAUGAUGCUGAAUAUGAUCAAGGAGCGAGAAAAUUCGCGGUAAUGGGAGUGAUACUAUUGGGAUGUUUGCCUAGAGUAAUUUUUGGUAUGUUCUUCGUGUGGAGUAACUUCUUGGCGAAUCAAAUUGCGGAAGAUUACAACAAAAAGUUAAAAAGCGGAAUUAAAAGUUGGGGAAGAGAAUCGGGUUUUAGUGGUGCCAAGUUUGUCUAUGUCGACAUGUACAACUCUCUUAUGGAUGUUAUCAACAAUCAUAGGAAAUACGGGUUUACCAAUGAGAAGAAUGGGUGUUGUUCUAUGAUUACGGCAAUAUUACCAUGCUCCAACUCAAAUAAAUAUGUCUUCUAUGACUUUGCUCAUCCCUCCGAGAAAGCCUACAAAAUUGAUGAGGGGCGGAAGCUAUAACAAGAGAGACAGGGAGCGGUGUUUAAACGGAGAAGACGUAGGUUGAGCAAAGGUGGAGGGUUGCUAUGUUUUAGUAAGAGAAAAACAGAGUACUAAGAGAGAAGACGAUGGUGAUCAUGAUAAAACGUGGGGAAGAAAAGAGAUAGAGUUGGGAUCUCUUCCAGGAAUCGAUCUCAACAAGGGUUGUGCAAGUCCUCCUUGCAGGGCUCUAAGACAAGCUCUUUUGGGUAGUUAAAACUACCUCUUUUUGGUUUUUUUUUCUUUUAUCAAAAUCAAAACAAGUUGUCCUACAAUGGAG